CUUCCAAUGUUUAUUUUAUCUGUAAAAUACUAAAAUACGUCUCUCUACCUAUUACUUUACAUCUUGCCCACCGACAGCUGUAUGACAGUGUGAGGUGUUUUCGACCUUUUCACACAAACAAACCCACCUCAUGUUCAUCUUCUCCGCUCUAUCUAUUCAUCCCAAAAGAAUAAUCUUAUUUGCCCUUCAGAGAUCAGAAUCAUCUGAAAACUCUGCAUAUGUGAAAUAGGAUUUUCCCUUUCUUUUUUUCUUUUUUUGGUAAAGAUAUUUGCCCUUUCUUUACCAGUUGAUCUGAAACACCAAAAGUUUCUCUCUGGGAAGUGGGCACUGGAACACUCUGUCCAGUUCAUAGUCAAAAGAGUCCCCACAAAGCAUCCACCAUUACUGCAUUUCUCCACACUCCUUUUUCAUCCUGAGGGAGACUUCAAACUCCAACCCACAAUGCCCCUCUCCUCUUUCAUCCUUCUCUUCCUCCUCCUCUGUAGCUCCCACUUAUUGGCCUCCACCCCGGUUCUCCUUCACCAGCACCACCACCACCACCACCACCGUCGGAUCCUCCACCAGCCCUUCUUCCCUCUAAAUUCCUUCCCUCCAACCCAGCCCCCAUCUUCAUCUUCAUCUUCAUCUUCCCCACCUCAACAACAACCCAAAUUCCCCUUCUCUUCUGGUUCCAACAACCAACCAUUCUUUCCGUCUUACCCUUCUCCACCUCCCCCUCCUUCUCCCUCCUCCUUUGCCACAUUCCCUGCUAACAUCUCUUCUCUCAUACUUCCCCAAUCUCCUCCCCGCAAACCUCUCUCUUCGAAGCUCCUAAUCAUCAGUCUAGUCCUCUCUCUUCUCGCCAUCUCCUUCAUCGUCGCCUUCGCCGUCCUCGUCUACCGCAGAAGACGUCGCAGCAACAGCUUCGCUAAUGGCAAAACCUCCAGAUCCGAGAGUUACCGCUUGUUUCCAGCCCACACUGCUCCUUCAGACGCCCACCACCAUAAGGUUCGUGGCAUCUCGGCUACAAGCUCUGAGUUCCUCUAUUUGGGUACUCUAGUAAACUCUCGUGGGAUCGAUGGCGAUGGUGAUGGAGGUACUGCCGGUGCUGGUGCCGGUUCCGGUGAGUCGCCCUAUCGGAAGCUGGGCUCCCCUGAGCUCCGUCCGCUUCCGCCCCUGUCGAGGCAGACUUUCAGUCAGAGUUUUGAGAAUGCUGAAGAGGGUGCUUCAGGAGACGAGGGAGAAGAGUUUUACUCACCAAGAGGUUCUGUUAGUGGUAAGGAGAGCCCAGCUGUUACAGAAUCGAGCUCAAGAAGAGUGUUUCAGGCUUUGGUUGCGGAGAAUUUCGAAAGCAGGAGUUCGAAUUCGAGUACUCAGUCUUACCCUUCUUCAGGUUCUGUCUCUCCUAGUUCUUCACUGUCUAACACUCCUCCCUCUCCUCCUACGCCGGUGAGCUUAAGCUCCAAGUCAAAAUCACCGAAAUCACCAGUAUUUGUGGUGAAAUUGCCUCCUCCGCCACCUCCGCCGCCACUGCGGCGUCCAUUGGCUCCCUCGCAUCCAGAGAGAAGUCCAGAGAAAAGUAAGAAUUCACGGGAAAGAAAUUCUUUGGAUAAGAACCCAGAUUCGUCAGUAAGAAGUUCUUCAGACAAGAACCUGCAUUCACCGACAGGAAGGUCAGUGGAUAAGAACCCACCGUCACCGGUGAGGAAUUCAGAUGUUUCCCAGCAAAAUUCAGAAUCUCCAGCGAGGAAUUCCGAUGUUUCUCUGCAAAAUCUGCAAUCUCCGGCGAGAAUAAGCAGCAUUCACAGGCAGCCCCCCUCUGUUCCACCGCCGCCACCACCACCGCUAGCAUUGCAUAGAAUCUGGGAAACACCCGUUCGGCCUCUGUCGGUCCGUGAGGUAGUUGGUUUGCCUCCUGAGCAUAUUGUUCCUUCCAGACCUGUAGGGUUCCAGAUGCCUACUGCUUGUUCUCCAGUUGAAUUGGCACAGAAUUCAGAAUCUGUGGAAAGAAAUGAGGAGACUCCGAAACCAAAGCUGAAACCUUUACACUGGGACAAGGUCAGAGCGAGCUCUGAUCGUGCCAUGGUGUGGGACCAGCUGAAAUCGAGCUCUUUUCAAUUAAAUGAGGAGAUGAUUGAGGCAUUGUUUGUUGUAAAUGCCACCAACUCGAUUCCCAAGGAGGUUACGCGACCUGCUGUUCCCUCACCAAACCCAGAGAGUUGGGUACUUGAUCCUAAGAAGUCUCAGAACAUUGCAAUCUUGCUCAGGGCACUGAAUGUGACUAUAGAAGAAGUCUGUGAAGGCCUUUGGGAAGGUAAUGCAGAUACCUUGGGGACAGAGCUUCUUGAAAGUCUAUUAAAGAUGGCUCCAACCAAAGAGGAAGAACGUAAACUGAAGGAAUACAGAGUUGAUUCGCCAUACAAACUUGGUCCUGCUGAAAAAUUUCUCAAGGCGUUGCUUGAUAUUCCUUUUGCUUUCAAGAAGGUCGAUGCAAUGCUCUACAUAGCCAAUUUUGAUUCAGAGGUUGAGUACUUAAAGAAGUCAUUCGAAACUCUGGAGGCAGCGUGUGAAGAACUGAGGAACAGCAGGAUGUUUUUGAAGCUUCUAGAAGCUGUUCUGAAGACUGGAAAUCGCAUGAAUGUUGGAACCAACCGUGGGGAUGCCCAUGCCUUCAAACUUGACACCCUCCUUAAGCUUGUUGAUGUGAAGGGUACUGAUGGGAAGACCACACUAUUGCAUUUUGUUGUACAGGAAAUCAUAAGAGCUGAAGGCUCUCGUAUAUCUGGUGCAAAUCAAAGUCAGACCAAUGGAAAACCUCAGCAGCCCACUUUCCAGGAGGAUGUUGAAUUGAGGAAGCUUGGCCUACAGGUUGUUGCUGGCCUUAGCGGGGAAUUAACCAACGUGAAGAAAGCUGCUGCAAUGGAUUCUGAGGUGCUUAGCGGUGACGUCUCAAAGCUCGCUAAAGGGAUUGGGAACAUUAGUGAGGUUGUCAGAUUGAAUGAAGCUGCAGGGUUUAAGGAUACCAACCGUGGAUUCUCCGAAUCAAUGGACACUUUCUUGAAAAGGGCUGAGGAGGAUAUUGUACAUGUUCAAGCCCAGGAGAGUGUUACUCUCUCAUUGGUGAAGGAGAUUACUGAGUAUUUCCAUGGGAAUUCAGUAAAGGAAGAAGCCCAUCCCUUCAGGAUCUUCAUGGUGGUGAGGGACUUCCUGUCCAUUCUUGAUAAGGUCUGCAAGGAAGUCGGGAAGAUAAAUGACCGAACAAUAGUGAGUUCAGCCAGACAAUUUCCAGUACCAGUAAAUCCGAUGAUGCUGCCUUUUUUUCCUAAAUUUAAUUCUCUGAAACAGAGCACUUCGUCCAAUGAUGAGGGUUCAUUGUCAUCAUAGUAUUAGAUGUCUGGACUCUGGUAUAACUUUUUGUUCCAUCAAAACCACUGCCGGACAUGGAGGAGCUUGGGUCCGCGGCUGCUGCUGGAUGUUUAAACUAAGAUCACUCUUUUGUACUUAUAUAAGCCCAUGUAAAAGAUUUUGGAGUUGUUUCACCCUAUAUGGAAUAUAAUAGAAGAUAUUAACUCAGGGAAGAAGAAUAAGGUGGUGUCAGUUGAUUGAUAUUUGUAAGUCAAUGGGACACUGGAGAUGAUGAAUGCUCUUCAGUAAACUCAACAGAAUUCGCUGAUGGUUAAUCUAUUUUUCCAUCACUCACUAAUUAGAAUGUCUUUCGCCAGUUUAUCUUUA